AUGAGCGAAGAGACGGCCCUCGAAGAAUGCAGCAGCGACCGCGGCGGGUCGCCGGAGAAAGAUGGUCAAUCUUUUAGCUCGGCCCUUGAGCAAAUAUCGAAGCAGGAACUCGAUAAUCGCAACUUCGCUACACAUAUCCUGACCUGGCUAAAGUUCGCCAAGGAGAAUCCGACCGCUGUGGAACUCGUGCAAAGCUACGCCAUCCAACAAACAAAAGAUGCCUCGAACCGCGACUUGGAUAGACCCGAGGGGGAUAUCCCAUCCGUCUGCAAGGGUCUCGUGACGAUGGAUCCAAGCACCAAGAUUGUCCGGGCCGUCCACAAGUCUGUCCUGGGCCUCGCACAGGAGUGUGAAUUGGUUCACCCGGAUCCCCUGUUGUACAUCCUCCGCGCCUGUUUGACCUACCUCGAAUAUGACGAGCUUGCCAUUCCCAUGAGAAGCCAGAGGGAGAUUAAUAUUCGGCUUCAAAAGUAUCCGCUCCUGAAGUACGCUGCUGGUCGCUUGAUGUCGGACCCGCGUGGCGGGAGAAAGGAAGCGGUGGCAGAGGCUAAAGCGCUGAUUACCGAGUUUCUUCACGACAACAGCAGGGCUACAAGUUGGUAUCAGGUCGUCGCGAGAAGACCGAAUGUACGGAUUACAGGGCUACACGCAGCCAUUCACAUGAGUAAGCCUACGAUAGCCUACGCUCUUCUGAAGCCGGGGAAAGGCGGAAACGUAAACGCCAGAGACUCUCGCGGAGAGACACCUCUGCACUGGGCAGCAGCACGCCAGCAUCCAUCGCUGGUGAGGCUGCUGCUGAAGAAUUCGGCUCGGCUCGAUUGCAAGGAUUCGAGCGGUGACACACCACUGCAAAAGGCCCUCAUGCCUUGGCCCGGGAGGCACCCAUAUGCGCGGAUACGGACGGUAUACGAGCUUGUGCUUCGCGCCGGGAUAGGAGCUGCGCAGAUGAGCAUCAGCAAGGGCUCGGGGCACACCCCAAUUCACUUGCCGGAAGAACACGGUUCGGGCAAACUUGCCAGAUUUCUAGUCCGUUGCCAGCCCGUCAAGUCCAUUGGUGGCGAGGACGGUCGUUGGUCUGCCUGGCGACAAAUCACGAAAUCCGUCCUGCUUCACGCCGGCGCCCAUGUGAGCCGGCCGACGCGGGAUCCUGAACGCUGGCACCCCCUCAUCGAGGCAGUCAGGUGCGGAAACGGAUAUUGGGCGAGGGCUUUGCUUCAGAGCGGAGUGCCAGUCGACGUACAAGACGCGCAGGGGAUGACGCCGCUUCGCUGUGCCAUCGUCUCCGACCGAGAAUUCCUGGUCAGGCUGCUCCUCGAGAACGGCGCCGACGUGAACUACACAUACGAGGAAGAAAUCACACCACUCAUGGAGGCUUGUCGACUCGGACGGUCCGAUAUUGUCUCGCUGUUGCUUGGUUGGGGAGCCAGCCCAAACGAUCGAAACCAAGACGGAUCCACGGCCCUCCAUUACGCAGCCGGAUUACUUCCGGGAUCACAUUCCAAGCAGUCAACCUAUUCUCUGAUUGCUAAACAAGCCGAUCCGAGCAUUCGAAAUUGUCGCGGGGUAAGUGCUCUGGAUAUUGCGGCUACAAACAGUGACGGCGACCUUGUGCCGCUUCUGCUGGCUCAUGGCGCCUGGACGAUGCACCGGACAGCCCAGAGGGACAUGCUUUCUUCGGCUCUACACCGCGCAAGCCUACACGGCCACGUGGAUUUCAUUCAACAGCUAGCUCGUAGCGACGUGUUCCGCGAGGCCAAGGAUAUGCAGGAUGCAACGGGGGCCACGGCGCUGCAUCUCGCCGUUGGCGGCCCGGAAACCAGUCGUCUCCAGACAAUGACGGCUUUGGUGGACCUUGGUGUCGAUCUUGAUGUGAGGGAUAACAAAGGAAGGACGCCUCUUAUGCUCGCAUAUGCGGAUGAUAUGGACAGUGAGGUGGAUAUGUUGCUGCGCAAUGGAGCAGAUAUUAGUUUCGACCCCAAGAAUGGAGACGGCUAG